AGUGUACCUUCUCCGCUCAUAUGCUCUGGAAAGCCAGCCCGCUAACCACAGCACGGAUACUCUCACUUUCUGUUGGGAACGGCUGCAGGAAUGUCAGACCGACAUUGAACGUCCGUUGUCUUACUACGCAGUCAGAAGCAACCGUGUCUGCUCUCCCUUUGGCUGCUACAGUUUUUAGUACACCUCUUUACGUCGCUCUCACUCCCGCCUUCAACCAGAAACCCUCUGAGCCGAACCCCAAAGAAAAUGUCGUCGCGCUCGACCCUGAAAUCUUCAACCAUCCCAUCCGCCGGGAUAUCCUCCACCUUGUUGUUACACACUACCGUGACUCCUUGAGACAGGGUUCAGCGAACACCAAGACACGAGGGGAGGUACGAGGUUCAGGCGCCAAAAUAAGACCACAAAAAGGCUCGGGUAAAGCGCGUCUGGGUGACGCGCAAAGCCCUAUGCUGAGAGGAGGUGGGGUUGCAUUUGGCCCAAAGCCUCGAGAUUUUAGCACGAAACUGCCGAGGAAGGUUAUCCAGAUGGGAAUGCGCAUUGCUCUCAGCGCCAAGGUCCGGGAGCAGAAGUUUGGUGUUAUGACCCGUCUAGAUUGGCCGAAUGGAAGGACGAAAUACCUUUCCCAAAGAUUGUCUGGCUUCCAGCAGACUCUGUUCAUCACAGGCGAAGAUCAGGUUUCAACAGGCAUUCAACGUGCUAUACGGAACAUUCCUUUCGUCGCUCUCACUAAAGCUGACGAGGUCAAUGUAUACGAGUUGCUUCAAUGGUCUCGUAUCAUCCUCGACUGCAAAGCUGUAGAAUUCUUUGAACGGACACUAGGGAAAAACAGUCUAUACAUACCGCCCACCACAUCAUAGCCUUUCUAGUCUCAAGAGGUUCACUUUUCAUUGCCAUAUAAAUUAUAGACGUACUGUGCUUGGCUCUGCAAUUACAUAAUGCCUACAGCUGUGGCGUGCUUUCCUGCGGAACGUAAUCAAUCGAAAGUCCCAAAACUUCUGUAC